CCUCAGCCCGCGCCCUCGGCCCGCUCGCCGCCGUCCCCGGGUCUCGCAGCCCUUCCCGCCGCCCGGUCGCCCCGGAGGGGCCGGCGCCCCGCGGGCACUAUGCCCAGCAAGACCAAGUACAACCUUGUGGACGACGGGCACGACCUGCGGAUCCCCCUGCACAACGACGACGCCUUCCAGCACGGCAUCUGCUUCGAGGCCAAGUACGUCGGGAGCCUGGACGUGCCGCGGCCCAACAGCAGACUGGAGAUCGUGGCUGCCAUGCGUCGGAUCCGGUACGAGUUUAAGGCCAAGAACAUCAAGAAGAAGAAAGUGAGCGUCAUGGUCUCAGUGGACGGCGUGAAAGUGAUUCUGAAGAAGAAGAAGAAGCUUCUUUUGUUGCAGAAGAAGGAGUGGACGUGGGACGAGAGCAAAAUGCUGGUGAUGCAGGACCCCAUCUACAGGAUCUUCUACGUGUCUCACGACUCCCAGGACUUGAAGAUCUUCAGCUAUAUCGCUCGAGACGGCGCCAGCAACGUCUUCCGGUGCAACGUCUUCAAGUCCAAGAAGAAGAGCCAGGCCAUGCGGAUCGUGCGCACAGUGGGGCAGGCCUUCGAGGUGUGCCACAAGCUGAGCCUGCAGCACACACAGCAGAGCGCCGACGGCCAGGAGGACGGGGACAGUGAGAGGAAGAGCAGCGGCUCCGGGGACCCAGGCCGCCAGCUCACUGGAGCCGAGAGGACCUGUGUGGUCACCACGGAGGAGACCGACAUUGAUGCCGUGGAGGCCCCACUGCCUGGGGGUGACAGCCUGGAAUUCAGCCGAGGGGUCACCGACCUCGACGCCGUCGGGAAGGACGGCGGCUCCCACACAGACUCCAAGGUGCCACCCCCGGAGCCCAUGCUGACCAGCGCGCCGGGGACGCUGCUUCCACCACCACCGCUGUCCUCGCAGGCCCCGGGCACGGGGACGGGGACGCCGCUGUCCUCCCAGCACCAGGUGCAGCUCCUGCAGCAGCUCCUCCAGCAGCAGGCGCAGCAGACGCAAGUGGCUGUGGCACAGCCUGGCCCUGCCCCCACUUCCGGUGGAGGAGGAGCUGGAGUCCAGGUGCACCUGCUGAAGGACCAGCUGGCAGCCGAGGCGGCGGCCCGUCUGGAGGCGCAGGCCCGUGUGCACCAGCUCCUGCUGCAGAACCGGGACGCACUGCAACACAUCGCCCUGCUGGUCAGACAGGUGCAGGAGCUGGAGCUGAAGCUGUCAGGACAGAAUGCCAUGGGCUCCCAGGACAGCCUGCUGGAGAUCACCUUCCGUUCCGGAGCUGUGCCGGUGCUCUGCGACCCCACGACCCCCAAGCCGGAGGACCUGCCCUCACCGCCCCUGGCCCACCCGGCGGGCAGCCCCUUAGUCGACUACAGCAUGUUUGAGAACUUGAACACGGCCUCCACGCCAAGGCUGCAGUCCAGCCGCUCCGUCCCCCACCUGUGCAGGCCAGCAGAGGCCCUGGGGUCGGCGGAGCCUGGUGGGCCCGGCCUCUGGGUGGGCAGCAGCCAGCACCUCAAGAACCUGGGCAGAGCCGUGGGGGCCAAAGUAAAUGACUUCCUGCGCAGGAGGGAGCCCUGGAGCCUGGGCACUGUGGGCGCCAUGGCCAUCAACAGGACCGCGGAGGCCCAGCUGGCCGGCGGGACCGGCGGGGAGGACGAGAGGUCGGCCCGAGAAGCGGUCCCCCGGCUGGACCCCCCGCCUCCCGUAACCCGGAAGCGAACCCCUCGGGCUCUGAAGACGACCCAGGACAUGCUCAUCUCAUCCCAGCCUGUCCUGAGUUGUCUGGAAUGUGGGACGGAGCCGUCCCCUGCUCAGCCUGUCCCAGCAGACGCCUCACAGCCCGAGACCACCGUGGGAAUGGCAGAUGGGGGCGAGGCCGUGCCCAAUGGCGACCUGUCCCUGUCCGUCCCUGACCUAAUCCACCAGGACAGCCAGGAUGAGCCCAGGCUGCAGACCACGGCGGGCGGGAGGGCCGCCUCCCCCGGCCCCAUCGCCACAAACAGCCGCAAAGUCAGCCUGGCUGAGCCGCCAGAGGACAGCAGCCCCCGUGCGCAGGCGCGGACCUCCAGCCUGGACAAUGAGGGCCCGCACCCCGACCUGCUGUCCUUUGAGUAGAGCCCGUGCCCCCCUCUCCUCCACUCCCGGCCCACCCUGUGCCCGUCGCUCACGUUCCCCUGAAGCCCAGUGGUCCUGGGUAGAGGGCCAGGGCCGUGGCAAAGGGCGGGGCCGUUGUGCCCCUCGUCUCCUGCGAGCCCAGGCUGGAUGUGCAGCUCCCAGCUCUGCUGAAGCUUAGAGGGGUGCCCCCACCACCCCACAUCUGCUCCUCCCUGCUCCUGCCUCGAGGAUGAGGGGGGCAAGGCAUGAGGGGCCCAGACCCGUAAAGCCACACGUGACCGCUGCCCAGCGGGGCGGCUCCUGGUUGUCACCGGCCUUUGUCCCUGUGGGCGUGCUCCCCAAGCCUGAGAGCCUGAGGCAGCCUUGUCACCAGGCUCUCGGGAUGCCCCCACCUGGCAGAUGCAGGGCACAGUGAGCUCUCCCUGGGCCUGCUCGGCACUGCCCAUCUGGGAGCGUCCCUCAGGGAAGCCGUGACCAGUUCCCCAUAUUCUGAUCUAGUCUGGGGAGCACCCAGGACCUGGGCAUUCAGGGCGCUGGUCCCCAGAGAAUACAGAGCAGACAGGAGGGCAGUGAAAGCACAACAAGGACAGUGCUGGCACUGGGGACCACGGUGGCUUUCAGGGCAGCCUGGAGUGAUGGCUGAGGUCCCAGCCGGGGGUGUGGAGAGUGGGGUGCAGGCUGCGGAGCUGGGGUACAAACUACCCAUAAGUCAGGGGCAGCUGUUUGCUGGCUCCCAGCCCGCAGCCCCCCAGCCCUGGGUCUCCCUCCAGGCCUCUGCCUCUAGGGCCCCCUCUGCUCCUGCCGACAGGGCCCGUGUCACCCUGACUGGGCCCUGGCCUCCUGGGGUACCCAGUCUGUGUUCCUGUCUCCACCAGGGGUCCUGUCCUGCUGUCUUCCUGUGGCCGGGAGGCCCUGUUGGGGAGUGAUCCCUGCACUGGGGACCUUUGCAGCCAGAAAAGAGUGUCCCUUCCCUUGAGCGGGGGCUGGUUCCCCAGGAGGAGGCUGUAGCGGCCCAUCCAGCCGGCGGGCUUUCACUGUGGGCCUCCCGAGACCUCUGCACCCCCUUCUCUGCUCACUGUCCAGCUCACUUCCCGCCUCGUGUCACCACUGGCCUCUGCCCCCUCCCUACCACCCCAGCCCACUGCCACCAACCUGGGGCCCUGCCUGUGCUCUUGCCUUUCUCCUGUCCUGUCUCCUGUUGCCCCAGAGCAGGGCUUCACCCCGAGUGCAUAGUGAGGUGUCAUCGGCCCCUCCCCACGUGGGUUCGUGCAUGCUGGGACCUGAGCAGACCCUGCCUUACUGCAGCGACGUCACCGGAAUGUGACACCUGGCCUGACGGAGACGCGCUCAGGACUUGCUUUGGGGCCUGUGAGUUCUCCCACAAUGGCGUGGGUUUUGUACAGAACACAGAGCUGGGGGCAGAGAACCUAAGUGCGCGUGCGGGGAGUGAGCCCAGCUUCCUCGGGGCCCCCACACCAGGAGCUUGUGCGCUUUUCUGAUGUGGAACUUGGCUCCUCCCAGGGACCAGGGUGGCUCUGGCCAGGUGCCAUGGUGGCCAUGGGACAGAGCCGCCUGCUAUCCACGCUCUGGCCAUCGGAGCCAGAUCAGCACACGGCUCUUUGCAUGGUGACCCCGGGUCUCUCAGGCUCAUGUCUGACACCUGAUGGAGGCUGUGGGGUCUGUUCUAGCUCCAGCUGUCCUCUCUGUGACCCCAGCUCACCCCCUGCAGCAAAGUGGUGCUGCUGCCUGGGGGGAGGGGCUGCAAUCGGCUCCUGGAUGCAGGUGGUGCUGGUGCCAGGGCGGAAUGCCAGCAGGUGGCAGGACAAGGCGUUCGAUCCUGCUGAGUCCCCAGCUCAACCCCCCCCCCCAAAACGCCGCCUGGCGUCCCGUGUCCAUCUCCAGCCUGCUUGUCCUGUGACUGCAGCAUGGCAGCCACCUGGCACACGCACACACAUGCUCACACGCAUGCACAGCCCUCAUAGUCCAGCGUCUGGGAGCGUGGCCUUCGGUGGCCCAGUCCGUGAAGGGGACAGAUGGAGGACCUGCCUGCUGGGGUCAUAUGAUGAAGUUGGGGCCACACAGGAUUUUCUCUCCCCGCUACACCCCCAAGCCCACUGUGCUCCCGAAUGCUGCACGUGGCUUCAUCCUGGCAGCACAGGUGAGCCUCCCUGUCACGUAUGUGGAUGACAUGAAGACACACAUGUAACCCACUGGCUUUGGAAGAACGAAGAGGUUGGCCUGGGGUUGGGGGAGGAAGAAGAUUACAGAGCGGAGUAUUUUCUAGAGAUUUUAUAUUUAUACUUUCGGUAAUUUUCUGGUAGAAGACAGCACAAUAAAAUGAUU